UCUGGAGACACUCUGCUUUCCGGCGCCAUCUUGGAAAGCGUUUGUUUGUGGGCUGCACCCGAAGAGGAGGGAGGCUUGGCUUUCUCCUCCUCUUUUUGGAGUUGCUACAGGCCGGGCACUGACUGCUUUGUGGAAGUACGAAGCGAUGGAACAAGAAACUGAAACCCGAAUGGAUCAAACCGAGUCUGCUCCAGAAAAUAUAGAAGUCAUGGAAACUAAGCAAAAGGGACCAAAAGAUCGAGGAAGAGGCCGAGGUGCCAGAGGAUAUUCCAGAGGGAAAAUGCGAGGCAAAGCACUGAAUGGCUUUGGACCUAUAAGACGUGGAGUAGGAAGAAUGCGCCCAUAUCCAGAUUCAAGAGGCCGAAGAGGAGGACAAGGGGGUCUACUUUUCCCACCAUCCCCACCCAUAAGAGGAAUGAUGAGAAUGCCCUUUUUGCCACCACCUCCUCCCCCUCCUCCUCCACGGUAUGGAUUUCCUUUUCCCCCUCUUCCUCCGCACCCACCACCAGGUUUAAUGGGCUUCAGGGGCAGACCACUUCCCCCCAGAGCCAGAGGGAUGUUGCCGUGGCCGCCAGCCCAUUUCCCACCUCCAAGAGGGGUAACAUAGUCACCCUUUGAGUCCAGUGGGAGAUGGCAUGCAGACCUUUGGGAGAGCUUUCAUCAAGGCAUUAUUUGAGGUGAGAGAGUAUUUAAAACCUUUUCCACUCAAUUUCUUUUUCUUUAUACAAAGUGUACAUUCAUCUGACUUCUAUUCAUGUUCUUAGUAUAUACACACAUGGUAUUGAUAUUUUUCACACGCCAGACAUUACAGACCAAGGCUCACUUUUGCCUUCUGCAGAAGCCAACCAUUAGAAUAGAUACAGUGUGUUCAGGUCUAGAAAUUACUCUGCAAAACACACUAAAGUUGGGUAAAAAAAGCAUGUGUUUGUCACAAGGCUUGGUUACAAAUCAAACUCACUUCAUUAGUGGCACUGCAUGCCAAAAACAGCACAGAACACUGUGAUGAAUAUCCUUUUUUGUACUUAACUGUAUCUCAAUCUAGUCUUUUCUGUUACUGAAAAAUACACAAUUUGACUUAAAGCUGUAGUUGACUUGCAUGAGUGGAAAAGUACUUCUCCUUACACAAAAAAGCCCCACCAGAUUGUUUUGACUUCCAUCUUGCUGCUGUUCCAGGUGUCUAUUGACCCUAAGAACUAGUUUUGAGGUAGAACAGAGAUGGGUGUGAGGAGCCAGAAAAGUCCAAUUGUAUAAGCAAAUACCUUCUUGCUCUUUCCAGAAUCCACAACAA